CAUGAGAAAGACGGAGGAAUUUACUGUGUUUUUUUUUUUGUUUGAAGUCUUUUAGCAUCUGAUGUGUGUGAAGUUUCUGCUGCUGACACACACAUUUAGACGUACACACAUAUACACACACAUAUAUAUUUAUUGUUGUGGUGGAAAUCACAGCGGAGUUCUCUCCAGAGCUCCAGCAGCAAAUCUGUUUGCUGAAGUCGUCUGACCUCCAGGUGUCCUGUUAGUUUUAUGUGUUUUUUUUGUUUUUCUAUGAGAGUAGGAUCGGCCUACACGUGUUUUAUUCUCUGCAGAGGUUUUUAACAGUGCAGGUUUGUUACGCUGAAGGUCAGAGAGUGUGUGUGCAGUGAUGAAGGAGGAGAUUGCUGCUGCUGUGUUCUUCUUGGCCCGGCUGGUGAAGCGAUAUGGAUGUUUGGGUAAUGACGGCAGAGAGCGCUUCGCUGCGGCGCUCACCUCCGUUCUGUUCGAGAGCUACAAGAACCACUGGCACCCCAACGCCCCCACCAAGGGCCAGGCCUACAGGUGUCUGCGGAUGAACCGUGUGCGGCUGCAGGACCCGGUUCUGCAGCAGGCCUGCGAGCGGAGCGCCGUGCGGUACGAGGACCUGGGCUUUCCACAGGAGCUGACUGUGUGGGUCGACCCCGGGGAGGUGUCCUGCAGGUACGGUGAACACAGCACUCCGUUCUGUGUCUCGGUGGUGGCCAGCGACCGUCGUGCCGAUGGGGAAUUUUCCCGCCGCAUUCAUGACGCGGUGGAGCGGGCGAGCCUGGAGGUCCAAUCGGGAAGCUCCUCAGACGAGGAGGAGGAAGGGGGCGGAGACAACAGUAUGAGCAGCAGCAGCCAAUCAUCUCUCUGCUCUGUUCUGAUCCCACCGACCAACCCUGAGCCCAAAACAAUCCCGACAGUCAGCAACCCCAACAGUGUCUACAGGUUCAGUGAGUUUUCUCCCGGCGCUCCUCAGACCUGGCUCAGGGAGAAGCGGAAGGCCUUCACUGCGGAGGCGAUCCCACCUCAAGCUCCUCCAGCCGGAGGUCCGACCUCCCAGUUCUCCGGCCAGAAAGGCUUCAAGUCCUAUCGACCCUCGUUCACCUUCGCCGGGCCUCGUGUCGACAAGUACCACUGGGUCAGCAAAUCCCGAUCCUAGAGCGAGCCGAGCCUUCAACCCAGAACCACAAUCGGGUGACUGCUCAGGACAGCGGCCCUGAAGCCGGAUCGAAGCACUACAGACCCUGUGUGCAGGGGAAAAAAAGAGUUUCAGGACAGUUCGUGCAUCUUAGGUUAAGAGUUUAUAAUUGUUACAUGGUUUAAAGUGUCAAUGAUUUAAAGUAAUGCUGUUUGAGCAUGUUUUUAAUCUUUGAAAUAUUCAAGUAUUUUAAGUAUUUCCUCCUUCUAAAUGUGUUUUUUAAACUAUAAGAUUAAAGUAAGUGUGAAUAAAGUAACAUUGAACAGUCA